AUAGAGAGGUUUGUGUAUACACAAGUAGCAAUACAAACAGGAGAUGCAGGCUUGAUAAGGAAAUUAAGGGAAAGGGUGCAACUCAAAUACACCAAGACUAAUCCACCAACGGACCAAUGCACCUCUCUCGCUCUCUCUCUUUCUCUCUUUUGCUCUCUAAAAGUCUCUCUUCACUGUCACUUACAGAAAGAGAAACAGGGAGAGGGAGAUGAAAGUCAAGGGAGAGCUGCAGAAGCACGUCAUUUAGAUAUUCUGGAAGCGCAGCAGAGAGGCAUUCCUUGGAUUUUCUCAUCAGAAUUUGGAUGCAGCACUAAACAUAACCCGUCAAAACUCAUACGAAUUCCUUCUCUUUGACUGAGGUCACAGGUUUCUGGCGCACACGCAGGAAAACAGUGGACUUUUGGAUCAAAGCAUCGGACUCGGCUCGUCAUUUUUAGAUUUGAAGGACAAACACCAACCCGAGGCAAUUGCAGGUUACAGUGCUGUGAGAACACCCAGAGGUGGUUCGAAGAUUGUGAUUUGGUUGUGUGAGUUAUGUGCUUCUGUGGUCGACAAGUGAGGCUGAGCAUCCACAGACAUUCAGAUGCACAUACACAGUGUCUGAGGGGUUUGCUGACUGCACAGAAGAAGAGACAAGGAAGGGAACAAGUUUAGCUGCUGGAAUGUAAGGACGAAAAGCGAAUGUUCACUGUGAUCUGAUCUCACCCAAAAAUGCCUUGUUUUUAUCUAAUAUGAGGAAGGAGCAUGCUUUUUGGAGUCGCUUUUUCAAGGUAUACGACAAGGCAAUGCUACUAAAGAUCAACAGAAGUUUUUGAGUCACAGACAACUCUGAAAGACCAAUGAAGGAGUCGGACCAAAUCAAAGAUAUCCCCCUGACCUGGGACUUCGACCAGUCCUGGGGUUCAUUCCUAAAACCCGCUGCCCGUCUUUGCCUCAACACCUUGGAUUUCUCGGACCUCUGGGACGAGGAAGACAGUACAGAGGACGAGGGCACCAAUUCAACAAAUGAAUCAUCAACGUGCCCCGGAGCCCCUCCAGCACCCCCCUCCCCUCCUCCUCUUCCUCCCCCUCCUCCGCUCGCCUCACCUUUGCCCACGGCCUCCCAUGAAGGUGCGACCAUCAAAUGUCGCACCUUGAAGCUCCACUGGAGGGAACUGCCGAGUUUAGCCCCCCUUCCCAGGAUGACCCGCUUUGGGACUCACACUAUCUGGGCCAGACUCGAGCCAGUGCAUUUGGAUACAAACCGACUGGAGUACCUUUUUGAAUCUAAAGGCAAUAGCACCAGUUUUAAUGUGGUUUCCGGAAGACAGAAGCAGCCAUCAGUCUCAGUGUUGGGGAUGAAGCGAAGUAACAUCAUUACCAUUGCCCUGAGCAGCCUGCCCCCUCCUCGCCUCCUCCCCCCUGCUAUCUACAGCAUGGACAGCAGCGUAUUGGACAGAGAGGACGUUCAGCGACUUCAAGCACUAGUCCCAACAGAAGAGGAACUCUGUCUGAUCAAGGAGGCCAAGGCCCAGAACCCUCACUCCCCUCUGGCCCCAGCCGAGCUCUGCCUGCUCACUUUGGGUGAAAUCCCACAUCUGACCACCAGGCUUCAGCUGUGGGCUUUCGCUCUGGACUACGACUCCUUAGAAAGGGAAAUUGCUGAGCCUCUCUUCCAUCUGAAGCUGGCCAUGGAGCAGCUCUCAGCCAGCCAGACAUUCAGAUGCAUUCUAGCAACAGUGUUAGCGAUCGGUAACUUUCUCAAUGGAUGUAAGGCCCGUGGUUUUGAGCUGAGCUACCUGGGGAAGCUGUCCCAAGUGAGGGAUACACACAGUCGCCAGCCCCUGCUGCACCACGUCUGUGUGCUACUGAUGCAGCUCUACCCGCAAUCGUCUGACCUCUACUCUGACAUCACUGCUGUUACUAAAGCUGGCAAGUGCGACUUCUCCCUAGUGCAGUCCAACUUCGCCCAGCUAGAAGCCCAGUGCAAAGCAUCCUGGGAGCAGCUCAAGAUUUUGGACAAGGCAGAUAGAGAGAGGAAAGGAGGGAAGGUGGACAAGAGGAGAGGAGGAGGAAGAGAAGAGGAGGCCUUGGCCCUGGAGGGCUCGCUCCGUCACAGGUUGCCGAAGAUUUUAAAAGAGUGCGAGGAGAGGCUGAAGGUCCUGAGAGCCGUCCAUCGCCGGGUUAUCAACAGGUUCCACUCUUUCCUCUUAUUCCUAGGCUACUCCCGAGCUAUGGUGAGAGACACCAAAGCGGAAGACUUCUGUAGAACCGUCAGCAACUUUUCGUUGGAGUACAGGAGCACACGGCAGGCCAUCCUCCUGCAGAGAGAGAGGGAACGACAAAAAAGUGGAGCAGAGAGCCCAGGCCCGAACACUCCCGCAGCCAGGAGGACACAUCAACAAACUCCAACACAGGAAAAUGAUGAGCAACGUAGGCUGGAGGAGGUGCUGAGAACGCCAGAGUCCACCUCCAGACUCGACGCCACUCUGCCUCGAAACCGCAGGAGGAUGACUGACUUCCGAGGUCCAUUGUCACGGAAACUGACGUGGUGACCCUGCUGAUAUACUUUCAAAAACCAUUCAGUCACUGGAGUAUUCGAACAAAAUUGUUUGUGAUUGUUAUUUAUGACAGUGUUGAAAGUCAUAUUUUUUUCCAGCACAAUGUUGUUUAUUGGUAAGAAUAUGGACAGCUGCAUGCGACUUCCACAUGCCAUUCAUUUUUGAUCAUGUUUUUAAAGUUUUAAAGUAAAGAUGCAAUACAAUUUGAUUAAAAUACAUUAAACAUGUA